GCCCAUUGCGCAGUGGAAGCCAUGUUGGAGCUACAUUGGAUUCGGGCUGGGAUUUUUUGACGCCGUAUGUUUUUCUUAAAAUAUCUGUUUUCAUACAUUGUUGGGGUUCGUCAACCGUGCGCGAUCGGCGCCGUAAUCGGCAGUGGAAAUGAUGAACUCCAGUGUCGACCUGUCCCGGCGGAAUCCGCAGGAGGAUUUCGAGCUGAUCCAGAGGAUAGGAAGCGGCACAUACGGAGAUGUGUACAAGGCUCGUAAUGUAAACACAGGAGAGCUGGCUGCUAUCAAAGUCAUCAAACUGGAACCGGGUGAGGACUUUGCUGUCGUCCAGCAGGAGAUUAUAAUGAUGAAGGACUGUAAACACUCCAACAUCGUAGCCUAUUUUGGCAGCUAUCUCCGGAGAGAUAAGUUAUGGAUCAGUAUGGAAUACUGUGGAGGAGGUUCCCUGCAAGAUAUCUAUCACAUAACCGGGCCUUUGUCAGAGUCACAGAUAGCCUACAUGUCACGGGAGACCCUGCAGGGUUUAUACUACCUACACAAUAAAGGCAAAAUGCACAGAGACAUCAAGGGAGCCAACAUUCUCCUGACAGACAACGGCUAUAUUAAACUAGCUGACUUUGGCGUAUCGGCCCAGAUCACAGCAACUCUAGCCAAGAGGAAGUCGUUCAUUGGGACUCCGUACUGGAUGGCUCCAGAAGUAGCAGCAGUAGAGAGGAAAGGAGGUUACAACCAGCUGUGUGAUAUCUGGGCUGUGGGCAUUACUGCAAUAGAGCUGGCUGAACUACAGCCACCCAUGUUUGACCUGCACCCCAUGAGGGCUCUCUUCUUAAUGACCAAGAGUAAUUUCCAGCCUCCUAAGUUGAAAGAUAAACUCAAGUGGACGAACAACUUCCACCAUUUUGUCAAACUGGCCCUGACCAAGAACCCAAAGAAGAGGCCCACAGCUGAGAAACUGCUGCAGCACCCUUUUGUGUCCCAGCCUCUCAGCAGGACGCUGGCAAUAGAGCUGCUGGACAAAGCCAACAACCCCGACCACAGCACCUACAAUGACUUCGAUGACGACGAUCCUGAACCAGAGUCACCGGUCUCUGUUCCUCAUCGUAUUCGUUCCACCAGCCGGAGCGCCAGGGAGGGAAAGACGCUGUCGGAGAUAAACUUUGGUCAGGUGAAGUUUGAUCCUCCAUUGAGAAAGGAGACAGAACCUCAUCACGAACCGUGUGAAUCUGAGCCCUAUCUGGACUGUGUUGAGGAGCUCUACUAUACCGCAAGAUCUAAUCUGGACUUGCAGUUGGAGUAUGGGCACGAUUCACCAAGUCUACUGGGAGGAAACAAAAGUCUUCUGAAAUCUGUGGAGGAGGAGUUACAGCAGAGGGGCCAUGUGGCACACUUAGGGGAUGAUGAGGAUGAGGAUGAUGAUGGUGCAGAUGAUGAUGAAACUCACACUCAUAAAUCAAGCACUAUCAUGAGGCCAAAGGUCCCACCUCCUCUUCCUCCCAAGCCCAAGUCCAUCUGCGCGUCCCAGCAGCAGCAGCAACAAAAACACGACGAUAGCCAAUCACACAGCGAGGAUGACGGCGGAGGGGGAGGGACCAUCAAACGCUGUCCAGUGCCAGAGACGCCGAGCCCGGCCAAGCCCGCCUCCAACGUCCCCCCGCGGCCCCCGCCCCCGAAGCUGCCGCCCCACCGCCGCAGUAGCCUAGGUAACGAGAGCCCCAAGCGCACGGACGUCGAAAACUCUGCCGCAGAGGAUGAUGGGAGUUUUAGGCAUUUCUGGGAAUGGCUCCACACGCCUCACACAGAGGAGGAGCUGGAGGAGGCAUGGGAGGUGCUGAAGGAGGUGAAAGAGGAGCAGGAAAAAGAGGAGAUAAAGGAAGAGAGUAAUGGGUUGAACUCUCCACACAGUGGAGACAGAGACAGUCCAGCAGACAGACAGUCCACUAUGCCCCCUUGUGUCCCCAUACGGAAAGACAAGAAGGAUGUUCCGAAGCCAAUCAGUAAUGGCCUCCCUCCUACACCCAAAGUCCAUAUGGGUGCGUGUUUCUCUAAGGUGUUCAAUGGCUGUCCUUUGAAGAUCCACUGUGCCACUUCCUGGAUCAACCCUGACACCAGAGACCAGUAUUUGAUAUUCGGAGCUGAAGAGGGAAUCUACACGUUAAACCUCAAUGAACUGCAUGAGACCUCGAUGGAACAGCUCUUUCCCCGGAGGUGUACCUGGCUAUAUGUCAUGAACAAUUGUCUUCUUUCCAUAUCUGGAAAAGCCUCGCAGCUGUACUCCCAUAGUCUGAGCGGUCUGUUCGAACAGGCCAGACAGUUACAGAAGUUACCAGUAGCCAUUCCCACACACAAACUGCCUGAUAAGAUGAUUCCCAGGAAGUUUGCGGUGUCCAAUAAAAUUCCAGACACUAAAGGGUGCCAAAAGUGCUGCGUAGUUCGUAACCCGUACACAGGCCAUAAGUACCUGUGUGGAGCCUUUCAGUCUAGCGUCAUGCUGUUGGAGUGGGUGGAGUCCAUGCAGAAGUUUAUGCUCAUCAAGAACAUCGACUUCCCGUUGCCGUGUCCAUUGGAGGUCUUUGAGAUGUUGGUGGUCCCGGAGCAGACCUACCCUCUGAUCUGUGUAGCAGUCAGUAAAGGCACCGAACUCAACCAGGUGGUCCGGUUCGGCACCGUCAACCCCAACUCUACCUCCUCUUGGUUCACGGAAGCAGACACACCCCAGACGUGUGUGAUCCACGUCACUCAGCUAGAGAGAGACACUAUCCUAGUCUGCCUCGACAGGUGUAUAAAGAUCGUGAACCUCCAGGGAAGGUUGAAAUCCAGCAGGAAGUUGUCAGCCGAGCUCACCUUCAAUUUCCAGAUCGAAUCCACAGUUUGUCUCCAAGACAGUGUUCUGGCCUUCUGGAGGCACGGCAUGCAGGGACGGAGUUUCAAGACCAAUGAGAUCACCCAGGAGAUCUCUGACAGCACACGCAUCUUCAGACUACUGGGAUCAGACAGACGUGCCGACUGUAGAGAUCCAGAGGCUGAGGACAGAGGCCUCGCUCUGCGCAGGGUGGUGGUGCUGGAAAGCAGGCCUACUGACAACCCUACAGCCCACAGCAAUCUCUACAUCCUGGCAGGCCAUGAAAACAGCUACUGAGAGACAUACACACACACACACACACACACACACACACACACACACAAACAUAUUCACACAUAAACACACUCUCUGAACAGCCUACCACUAAUGCAAACAAGGGAGUGAGCAGCCUGGAGACACACUCAGCCCAACCCUACUGCUAACCCACCCAACCUCCUGUCGGCCGUGUAACUGGGAGAUGAGCCGUUUGUGGGUGCAGGUGUGGAUUCCCAGUCGCAGACAAUAAAAAUGCACCGCAGUGUUACAUGUGUAUUAGUUUAGCGUGUUGUAGUAGGGCAGCGGGUUGCGGACCGAGGGGUUUAAAGUGCUGGUCUGAGGCCAGUUUGGGUUGAGAUAGUCGGGGAAUCGCGCGACUUGUACCUUCAGAACCCUUCCUAAUUACCAUUCCCCCCCCCCGCAUACUGGGAAAACAAUAUCCAGCACAGAAGUCUGACUUCAACACUACUUCUACUACUAGUUCUACACAUACUACUACUGCUACUGCUACUUGCGCUAAAGCUUCACAGAAGAGCCAUCUUGCACAGAAAACCUUUCUCUCUUUCAUCAUCCUUUCCUCUUUCCUUUUCUCCCCCCCCCUUUUUUUUUUAACUACACCUUUAUUUAUUGUGGCAUGAUGUAACUUUAACAACCAGGAUGGCUUUCCUAUUUUAUUUGUUUAUUUUUUUUAAAGGAUUUAAAAAAAAAAAUAGAAAACAGACUAAAAAGCUUCGCCACCUCUGCUAGCAUUGAAUUCCUAUACCUGUCACCACACCACACAAGUGCUUAAUUGACCUCUAUUUAAUUGUUGUAAAUAUAAAUGUAGUAUUUUUUUGACAGAGACGAACACUAAAAGACUGGUCAUGUAGAUAGGCGUGUGUAUAGUUGCUCUGUACAACUGUGGAGACGAACAGAGAGACGGACAGGCAUGUAGGAGCAACGGGGCAGUAAACUCACCUACUAGUUCCCUGAUUGUGUGACGAGGGUCAGGAAACAAAGACUCCUGCAGUCUCCUCAGGUGGACAGCUUUAGUAAUCAGAUAUUACUCUAAUAACAAUCUGGAGCUCAGGAUUGGACUGAGCAAACACAGGAAGCAGCACUGAUUGGUAAUUUAAUUUUGCAUGCAUCACCAUCAAAACUUCCUGCCUGUUUGCACCAUAGCAACUGUCGUCAGGGCAGCAGACCUUACAAGUUCUGACAUCAUCAUUUUAAUUUUUUUUAACGCUAUUUUAAUCAGAAAGCUUCUUUUUUUUUUUGAACCACUGGUGUUAAAAAUUUGCACAGAGAAAAAGGUAUUUGACAAACAAAUGUGAUGUCAUUAUAAUAUAUGACCUUGUGUGUAUGCACAGUGUGUGUAUGUGUAUGUGUGUGUGUGUGUGUGUGUGUGUGUGUGUGUGUGUGUAUGUAUGUGUGUGCGUAGACAUAGAUUAUGCAUAUACAAGUGCGUCAUGUACAGAUCUGGUCUUUAACAAGUGACGGUUGUGAUUCAGCCCGAGGCCACUUUAAAAGGGCACCGACAGAUAUAAAAAAAAAAACAAGACAAAAGCUGGAUUUACACAGAAGGAAAAAUCAAUUUAUUUAUGCAGUAGACAUGGUAUAUUAGCCGUUAGCCAUCAUUUCUAGCGUUAUAUUGAACUUCUAUGGAAUUGCACAUGUGUGAAGUUCAAAGAGUUUGUUAAAACCGUUAAAAACAUAAAAUUACUGAAAUGGUUUGAUACAUUUUAAUAUGAAUGAUCUGGAACAAUUUGAAUCACAAGUGGUAGAAAACCCCUCCCGUAUGGUACUCAAAACAAACACAAAAGAAUUGUUUUAAAGUGCAGCUUGAAAAGUAUCUAUCAAGCUAGUACACGAUCACAAUAAAACUUAUUCACUGUGUGGAAUAAAAUUAAGAGCUAAAGGUCCGACUCCCAUUCUUAGCUAGCUUCUGUUCUACUGGCCUCUAAAACAAAAUGGAUAAAACAAGAUGCUGGGUUGAUAGGUGCAUACUAUUACUAUGCUGGACACACUGAACACAUUUCUAAUGUUCUGUAUGUAUUGAAUACAUAAAAUAACCCAAAGGUUUUGUUAACAUUAAGCAUACCUCGAGUGAAAAGUGCUGUCACAGUUGUUCAACACUAACAAAAUAACCUGUUUUAUCUUUAAAAUAAUGAGGUGCUCAAGUUUUGUUAUCUAGAUCAUAAACCUAAUUAUGUGUUUCAGCUUUUUUUUUUAAUGAAUGCUACUAGAACAGAAGCUAGACCAGUAGUGGGGCGGGAAAUUACAUUUCUGUGUAAGUCCAAAUGUCAUUUAAGUCAUAUUUGGAGAACAUCAGCCUUCAUUGCUGUGACUUUUUUUAAAGGCCGACAUCUGUACGAGAGAUCACACUACAUGCGUGUAGAUUGUACACUGUGUGAUGUGUUGGAGAGUCAACAUGUGGCAGUACACUACCAGUCUUUACAAGCUGUGACACUAGAGGUUGCUUCAGAAAACGUGAACACUAGUUUAGCUGAACCUUACUGAGACACUAUCACUAAGCCAGAGUUGUUACAGAGCUGAAACGUUUGGGGUUUCCUUUUCAAGGGGACCGGUUUCCAGAAGUCCGUUUCUUAUUUUCUCCCCAGAAAGACACAUAUACAUUUAUGACUGAACCAACCAGCUACGAGAGUAACACAACGAUAAAGUUAAUGAACUGCUCUUUCCAUGCAGCAUUGGGUGACUUCAUAAGAUCAGUAAUUUAACCUAAAUAUCAUUAAUAUGAAAGAGAAGUGAUUAUCAAUAUUGUAACAGUAAUGUGGUGUUUUAUAAGAAUUUGGUAACAACCUGAUUUAUGAUGGACAAAAACUGCUGCCAUCUAGUGACCCCUACCCCUAACCCAAAGUGAUCCAACACUGGACUAUAAUGCAGUGUUAUGUAUACAUACUGAAGAUCAUACUAAUGCAUCAUCAGCCUGUAACAAUAAAGCUGAGGUCCAAAUGACACAAUAGGAACAGGAACCAUUACACUAUUGUCCUUUUUACAAUGUUAAGUCUAGCUAAAUGGAACAAUUAUUAUUGGAUGACAACAUUUCAGCUCUGUAUAUAGGCACUGUCACUGAAAAUGUGGUUGCAAAAGGGACGUCGCCCUGUUAGGGGACAAUUUAAGCAAAGAAUGUAACGGCUUUCUGUUCCUCCUUGAUCUCUUAUCACCCCUUUGAUUACCCAUCCACUUCCACCUUCAACAGAAAGUCGAUUUGUCAUAAACUCAACAUUUUUUUUGUCACUGUACCAUCAUGGCAGCAUGUCCCUCCUCCAAACAUUCAGCGGUCGGAGUCACACCAAUGCCCCUGUACACUAUUUCACAAUAUUUUAAUGCAUUAUUCGUGGACGAACAGACAUAAACUUUUACUUGAUUCCAGCUCCUGAUGCUUUAUUGCGCUGUUGUGGUGAAAUAUCUAAAUUUAGCAUAGUCUAGUUAAGUGUAGAGAGCUUGAAUCCACUUUGAGGAUAUAAAUUAUUCAUCUACUUCUUUCGCCUGUGCACACUUGUAUAAAAUGCCCACAAAGUGUUGCUUUGCACCUGGAAUACAAAUGGCAGAAAUAUGAAAUAUUUCAAGACUUAACAACUACACUUAAUUGCCAUGUAGUAAGUUUGGUGUGUCCCUGAUGCGGUGCCCUUCGUAGGGCUCUAAUGUCUGUAAUUUAACCACAAAUCAGCCAUAAAAGAAAUAAAUAUCAUAUCAGUUUAACUCUGCUCUCAACAGAUGGGUUUGAUCCACUUUCAGGGCCAGACAUUUGCUCAAACCAGAAAUGAAACUGCUUAAAACUGCAAUUUGUGACCUUUUACCGUUUCACAGUUUAUAUGUUUGAACCAGGAACUUUUCUCUCAAAAAGCUUUUACAAUCAAAAGCAUUAAAAUGCAUUAGCACUGUUUGGAAUUGCCUUGGAAGUGAAUCAAUACCCCAGAUGAGCUCUUUAGCCACGAUCAUACUAAUACAUGCGCUUCUAGCCAACACCUAUUAAUCAAGACGUGUCAUAGUUUCAGGGCUGCAACCAAGUUUUAUUCACACAGGUUAUUUAGCAAAAAUAUUUUCCUUUUAUUCAGUGUUGUUAAAUGUGAGUUCUCGGAGUGUACUAAAUAGCCUCACACUGACAUCAUCAGCCAUUAAAGCUAAUUAAUCACUUCAUAUUUAGGCUCAUUUCAUUCGAUUUGAUUGAUUCCUUACUAUUCGAUUUAAAAUAUCAUUGAAUGUCAGCAGCCCUGCGUAACAUCAUAUAUUUGGAAAAAAUGUAUCACCUAUUCCUUCACAUAAGGGUUCGGUUGAUGUCAAAAAACAUAUAUUUUACAUUUUUAUUAAAAUGCCAAAAUAUGUUUCAGUUUUUAUGGCCAAAUUUAGUCUACCUCGUGGUAUGUCCUACAUGACAAAAACAAUAUGUCUGAUUCAAAAGACAGCCAUCAACAGCAUAUAAGGUUAGUGUUCAAACAAAACGUGUUCUCUCUGAGUCUCUAAAAUGUCUUUGUCUUCUCAGUGGACGUAUGUAAAUGAACAAAAGUUGAGAAAUAGAAGUUACUAAAAAGCUGACAAAGUGAAUGAGAGAUUCCAAUGAAGAUCUUUUUUUUUUUUUUUAAGGUUUUCUUUGUUUCCUAAAAUCCCCAAUUUCUUUGAAUUUAUUUAGAAUUUUGAGAUCUCAAGCCUAAGAAGAAAAGAAAAAAAACUCAUCCUGUAUCAUAGCCGCACAUCUAAAGUCUUGGCAUUCAUUUAGUCGAAACAGACCAGUCCUAAAAUCUCAUACCAUUUUUUUUCUGUGGGGUUCAUAACUUUUAAUUUUGGUGAAACUGUCCCUUUUUCCGAACAAUAACACAAGUUUCUGUGUGGUUGAAUGAUGCUUUGAUGAUAAAUUCUGCUGUCAUAGAUACAAGCUUGAUCUAUAAUCCCCUAAAGCUGGUGCCAACAAGGCCUUCCGUUGUGGGUUUUUGCUGAAAUGUUUGUGUUUUAUAACGUCAACUACUCAUGGGUCAAAUCACGUGUGAAAAUAAUUAUUUUUAAAUGAUGUGAGCACCAGAUAUGUGGAUUAUCUGAAUAAGACAGUCACAGAAAAUAAUACUCAAUUGGCAUUAAGAUCAUUUUCCUGGGAUUGCCUGUUCUUUUUGGCAUCAUGUGGUAAUCCCCAUCUAUCUGGUGCUCCAAGCUAAUUAAAGUAGAUACAGAUGAGUUACUGUUUGAUCCCAGGACUCUUCCCAAUAUAAAACAAAACACAAUAAGUCUCCUCUGUUCUGUCAUUAUUACAUCACCUUUGUCUUUUGUUUUCAUAAUGCAAUGCACACGUUAUGAAAUGUAUAUAGUGUAAAAUAAAAAUGGGUUUGUUUUACAUACUGUAUAAUUGCCUAUAUUUUGGUUCAGAAGUGUAACAGAUUUAUGAGAUGACAGGUUAACACAUUAAAAAGAAGGAACUGA